AUGGGGCGCAAAACUCGCCACCGUAUUCGCAAGAAGCAAAAGGAGGCUCGCGAAUCCCUCCAGCGUGGGUUCCAGGUACCACCCAGGAGCGCUCUGCCCCUUGGACUAUACUCAAGCACCAGACUCACUAUGCCCGAUCGGUUCGAAGAUGUCUACUCUAUAGUCGGGAGUGGCGUGGGAAAGCUAAGCUCCCGCGUUAACGUCGCCUCUCGGCAUCCUGUCUACCUCGACGAAGACGAAGACGAAGAAGAAGACGACGAUGACCUGUCCACUGUGGUCUCAGACACCACCUUCAAGCCCGCAGAAUCGGUCGACCAGCCUCUAGAAAACUUCAAUAACGAAGACGACAACAAUGACGAUCGUACCCCUCAAUUCGAUGGGAGCAUUGACGGAUCCCCAUUCAUGAUCAACGGCAAGACUAUUUCCGACGCGGAUAAGUUCUUGACAUUCGAAGGCGUCACCAACGUGGGAUAUAUCGACGGCGUCAUCCGGCAGUAUUUGUUUGAUGAGCGCUUUGCGAUGUCAGACAAGGAUACGGACUACGCAGUGUGGGUGAAGAAGAAUCUUAUUGUGGCGUUCCAAGCCCACGUCUUGUACGAGGAUUGCCUGACCCCCAAGUCAUACAAUAAUCUGGCCGAAAGCAAGCACCGGGUCAUGUCUCAGUUGCAACAAGACAUUGGAAUCACUGCCAAACACAAGGGUCAUUGUGAGAUUCUGCUCUCUGUGCUCACUAUCUACAAGAAUGCGCGAAUCUACGAAAUCGCCAAUACUCUGCAAAGGGGACGGCUGCCUCAGGACCCACAGGACCCUCUCACGUCAUUGCUCAUCGAGCUCAUCGACCGCUACAUCAUGUACAAUUUCAUCAAGACACCUCUACGCAGUGUUCCAUCGAAGGACUCUGUCUCAGAACGUGUUGAGCAGAGAUCGAACACUUUGCGACGCACUCUUGCAGAUUCCAGCGUCACAUGGAGGCUUUUUGCAGAGUUGGGCUCUUUGAUCCCAUCAGAAGAACGUGGGUUGAUGCCCACAAGGCCGUGGUUCUAUGACACCUGGGUCAAGGCAAAUGUGGCUGACACGAUCAAACCAAUGACAAACCUGCAAACGGGAUCUCAUGUCUCGAAGAUCGCCCUUCCAAUACGACAGUCUCAACUUGAUCCCAAGAACAUUGGGAUACUCCAUGCCUCUGUGUCCGAUCAAUCGAAAGCGUUGCAACAGAAGCGGAAGCAUGACGGAGAUACCACGGACCAGCUUCACCUUGAAUCUGAAUCCACAGUGGUCGACAUCGAAGUGGUAAAACGGAAAAAGAAGCGAUUUGAUGCUCCUGGGCCUUUGAAAAAGCAGGCUGUGAGCCACCAUGAGCACUGA